AUGCAGUCGAGGCACUUGACUGGCCCACCGGGUUCAAGAUUUGCCUUGGGUCAGCUCGUGGACUUGAUUUUCUGUAUCAUGGAUUUGUUCCCCACAUUAUUCACAGGGACAUCAAGUGAAGCAAUAUACUGUUACAUACCACCCGAAUAUGUACAGAUUAUGGUGGCUUCAACCAAGGGAGACAUCUACAGCUUUGGGGUGGUGAUGGAGCUCAUCACAGGAAGAUCACCAACUGGACAAGCUGAUAUUGAGGGAGGCAAUCUUGUUGGAUACGUGAGGUGGUAUUUCUGGUUCGGCUACAUGAAGGAUCAAAUCCUCCACAUUCUUUGCUAUUACAAGGUUGUGCACACAUUAGGCCAACAAUGCUCAAGGUAG